AUGAGUUACAGAUCCUUUGGUGAAAAUGGAAAAAAUGAUAAAAUGCGCGCCGCCCGGCCGACUCUGGCCUCCGCAGCAGCAGCAGCAGCGCCGCCCGGCCGACUCUGGCCUCCGCAGCAGCAGCAGCAGCAGCAGCAGCAGCGCCGCCCGGCCGACUCUGGCCUCCGCAGCAGCAGCAGCAGCAGCGCCGCCCGGCCGACUCUGGCCUCCGCAGCAGCAGCAGCAGCGCCGCCCGGCCGACUCUGGCCUCCGCAGCAGCAGCAGCAGCGCCGCCCGGCCGACUCUGGCCUCCGCAGCAGCAGCAGCAGCGCCGCCCGGCCGACUCUGGCCUCCGCAGCAGCAGCAGCGCCGCCCGGCCGACUCUGGCCUCCGCAGCAGCAGCAGCAGCGCCGCACGGCCGACUCUGGCCUCCGCAGCAGCAGCAGCAGCGCCGCCCGGCCGACUCUGGCCUCCGCAGCAGCAGCGCCGCCCGGCCGACUCUGGCCUCCGCAGCAGCAGCGCCGCCCGGCCGACUCUGGCCUCCGCAGCAGCAGCAGCAGCGCCGCCCGGCCGACUCUGGCCUCCGCAGCAGCAGCAGCAGCGCCGCCCGGCCGACUCUGGCCUCCGCAGCAGCAGCGCCGCCCGGCCGACUCUGGCCUCCGCAGCAGCAGCGCCGCCCGGCCGACUCUGGCCUCCGCAGUAGCAGCAGCAGCGCCGCCCGGCCGACUCUGGCCUCCGCAGCAGCAGCAGCAGCGCCGCCCGGCCGACUCUGGCCUCCGCAGCAGCAGCAGCAGCGCCGCCCGGCCGACUCUGGCCUCCGCAGCAGCAGCAGCAGCAGCGCCGCCCGGCCGACUCUGGCCUCCGCAGCAGCAGCAGCGCCGCCCGGCCGACUCUGGCCUCCGCAGCAGCAGCAGCGCCGCCCGGCCGACUCUGGCCUCCGCAGCAGCAGCAGCGCCGCCCGGCCGACUCUGGCCUCCGCAGCAGCAGCAGCGCCGCCCGGCCGACUCUGGCUUCCGCAGCAGCAGCAGCGCCGCCCGGCCGACUCUGGCUUCCGCAGCAGCAGCAGCGCCGCCCGGCCGACUCUGGCUUCCGCAGCAGCAGCAGCGCCGCCCGGCCGACUCUGGCCUCCGCAGCAGCAGCAGCAGCGCCGCCCGGCCGGCCGACUCUGGCCUCUACGAUGAAGAUUAA